AUUGACUGCUUUUUUUUGUGUGUGUGUUUUUUGGUUGCAUUUUAGUUACAAUAGCGAUGUUACGGAGAGGGCAGGCGAUGCUGCCUUUCUUCUUAUUGGCCUGGGUCUUGAGGCUCACACAAGCUCUUGCUUCAGCUCAUGAUCGCCUGCAGGAUGAAGCAGCUGCAAAUUCCAUGUCAGGGACAGGAAACUUGGAUCGUGGAGGGAACUUGAGCUUAGCUACUGAUUUAGCCAUUACUUAUGCUGAGGACCUUUUUUCUAAACAGGAUUACUUUUCACCAAAUGGAAAAGGUGAACUUUCUGAGAUUGCUGGUUAUUCUGCAGCUCAACAGAGGCAGUCUCUUGAUCAUGUGUUUUCUGAGUCUGAUGCUACAAAUGAUGGGCUUUUUGAUUUCAGCCAGCAUUAUAGGUAUGAUGAGGAUGCACUUGAACAGCCUGGCUUUUCCAAUCCAGAUAGUGAUGACUUCAAUUCUGAUUUGACCAAGAACUCUGUCCCUUUUACUGCUGACGACUACCCUAUGGCUUCAGACUCUGAAGGCAAUGUGGAACAUGCACUUUUUACUGAUCGGAGUAAUGACCCUGAUGACUUCCCAGAAGUCUCAGCAUAUGCUGAUUUAGCUACUUCAGAUAAAGAAAAUGUGUCUAAUACUGCUACCCUUGAUCUCAAUGAUUCUGUUAAUCUUGCAGCAGAAAUGGGUAUCAGUGAACUUGGGAAAGAGUUUGAUUCUUCUGACCACAAGUCUGGUACCUAUUCUGAAACCCUAGGCUAUGAUUCUGCUGCCUUUGCAGAUCUUGAAAAGGAAGGCACUGAUACUUUGCAUCCUGGUGUGCAUUCCUAUCAUCGCAAGGACCAAGUUACUGGUGACCUUAAUGAAAUGCAUGUUUCUUCUUUUGACCGCUCUGUACUUACUGAUAUAAAUCUGGAGUUGGAUGAAGCGCUUUCUCCAGCUCUUAAGAUUGCCAGUGCACUCAACUCUCCUGAUCUCUCCAGAGGUCCCAGGGUGCCCAGCAGUAUCUCUGAUGCCUCUAUAGGGCCCUAUGGUACAUUUAAUCGACCUAUUGCCCCACCAAGCCCCCUUCCUCAUAGCACAGGAGAGCCAACCACCCUGGCUUCAGCAACUACAUGCAGUGUUGCAGAUAUGGCCAUCAAAUUGUUUGGUGGAAGGCUGACAGACCUCAAAGUGCGAGCUGCCUUCAUAUUUGUUGAAGUAAGCAAGAUUCCGCAGAGGUGCAGAUACAAGGUGUUUGAGAGAAAUGGAGUUGUCCACUUUACAACUGCCUUCAAAGGUUGCAAUGUGAAGAUACAGGGUGGGCAAUAUGUCCUGACCCUGAUGUGGAGAAACCACUAUGUGCAUAUGUCCUGUCCAAUUUCUACACCUGAUAAACCUGUUACAAUCUGUGGUACAAGUAGCAUGACCAUCACACUCCCAGCAGGACCAGUAGAAGCACUUCGUGUAAAAAAUAAAUUAAACAAAUGGGUAUCCAUUCACCAAGUUGCUGUUAAAUGCAAAUAUCAACUGUUGCGUGAUUCAGAGGGAAGGAUCACUUUCACUACUUCCUACAAUGGAUGUCACGUGAGGAGAUCGAUGGAUCGUUACUUCUAUAACAUCUACUAUCAAAUGGCUCCAGGGAAGCUAGGACAGGCAGUCAUGUCUUGUAGGACCGGAAUUAAUGUCACAGUCCCACCUGAAGCGUCUUUGCCGUCUGUAUUUUGUGCCAAGUCUGGCAUUAUAAUCAAAUUGCCUAAGGGACGUCUUGAUGCAGUCAAAGUGAUAGAUGGUUUUGGCAAGGCAAUAGCUGUCGGUAGUAUUGCCAAGAAAUGUAAUUAUCAACUCUUUCAAAUGAAGACUGGACACAUCAUCUUGAUUGCUUCCUUCCAAAGCUGUCAAGUUGCGUUUGUGGAUGGUUGCUUUGCCUUGAAUAUCAAGUUCCAGCAUGCUGAUCGUGUAAUGGGAGAGGUCUCUGCGCUUUGCCAUGCAGGUGGGGGGCCAAAACCAACUUCCCAACCUGAUACUCCUACAACUCGAGAUGUAACUUCCAGUAUACUGUCUACAGUAAUUCCUGUGGAUGUGUCUGCUACCAUCUGCAACAAGGAUGGCAUGACAGUAGUUCUACCCAAUGGUCCUUGGUGGGGGAUUAGAGUGAAAGAUCUUUCUGGCAAAGAGAUCACUGUGACUAGUGAUUUUGCAGAACGAUGCCAUUACAAUCUCUCUCUGCAUCUGGAGAAAAUAAUCUUUACAACUACCUACACUGGCUGUUUUGUUGCACAAGUGGGAGAUCGGUAUGUCCUGACUGUAAUGUACAGAACAGCUACUUGGAAUCAAGGGUCUGUGCGGAUGGAAUGCCCAACCAGUGCUGGAAGCCCUACAGAAUUGCCACCUCUUCCAACCACUGUGGGGAAACCCAUUCCUGUCUGCAGGUCCUCUAACAUGACUGUGGUGCUGCCUGCAGGAUCUCUGGAAAAAGUCUUGGUUCUAGAUCACCUCAAAAGGCCAGUAAAAGUCAUUGAUGCGCCCAAGUCAUGCAAUUACAGCAUGGUGGAGAGAAGAGGACAGAUCCUCUUCACAGCUCCCUACAGUGCCUGUGAUGUCAAGAUCCUGAAUGGAAACUAUGUCCUGGCCAUUAUGUAUACAAGUUAUUCUGGAGACUUUGCAUCAGUGCAGAUGGAAUGCCCUACCACUGGAGAACCAACAAAACCCCCUCCCUCUACAAAACCCAUUCCUCCAACUCCUGUCUGUGGAGCUUCCAGCAUGAUGGUGGAGCUGCCUGAGGGGCCUCUGGAACAAGUCAAGAUAAUGAAUACCUCCAAUGGGCUAUGGGUAGCUGUAAAGGAUGUCCCAAAGAACUGCAACUACACACUGAUGAAGGAAAGAGGAAGAAACCUCUUCAUAACCUCCUACAAGGCCUGUCAUGUCUGGAUACUGAAUAAAAACUAUGUCUUGACUGUAAUCUACACAACUGCAACUGGGGUAAGAGGGAUGGUGCAAAUGACUUGUCCAGCUGUAGAGACAACAUCCCUUACUACUAGGUCUACAAGUAUUGGGAAGCCAGUGACUACUGGGAAACCUACAAAACCAACUCUCCCUCCCACUCCUGUCUGCAAAGCCUCCAGCAUGACUGUAGCACUGCCCUCUGGGUCACUACAAGUUUUGUUAUUGAAUCUGUCCAAUGAAUGGGUAGAUAUCAAUGCUGCUCCCAGUUACUGCAACUACAGUUUGGUGCAGGGAAGAGGCGGCAGGAACUUCUUUACAGCCCCUUACAGGGCUUGUGAUGUCCGGAUACAGAAUGGAAACUACAUGUUGACCUUGCUUUACAUAACUGCUGCUGAUAAACGAGGGUACUUGGACAUUAGAUGUCCCACCACUGGUGGGGAGCCAACAGAGACUACUAGCCCCUCUGGUGGGGAGCUGACCGGAACUACUGCUGGAGAAACGACAACUAGUUGGAAACCUACAAUGCCUACUCUCCCUGACACUGCUCUCUGCAGAGCCUCCAGCAUGACUGUAGAAUUGCCCUCUGAGUUGCUUCAAGUUCUACUAUUGAGUCCGUCCAAUGAAUGGGUAGAUAUCAGUAAUGCUCCCAGUUACUGCAACUACAGUUUGGUGCAGGGAGGAGGCGGCAGGAACUUCUUUACAACCCCCUACAGGGCUUGUGAUGUCCGGAUACAGGAUGGAAGCUACAUCUUAACCUUGCUCUACAUAACCAUUGCUAAGGGAGGCUACGUGCACAUGAGAUGUCCAAUAAAAACCACUACUAAGCCAACCAAGACUUCUAGAACCCCCACUACCAGUAUCACCACUGUAGGGGUGACCGAGACCCCUGCAACUGUGGUCUGCACCGCCUCCAGUAUGGUGGUGGAGCUGCCCAAGGAACCUCUAAGACUUGUGAAGGUUCUAGAUAAAUCCAACCGGUGGGUAGCUGUCAUUGAUGCUCCCAAGUACUGCAACUACACCUUGUUGCAGGGAAGGGGAGGGAACUUCUUCAUAACCCCCUACACGGCCUGUGAUGUCAGGAUAUUGAAUAACAACUAUGUUUUGAAGAUCUGGUAUUUGGCAACUGGUGGCAAAAAAGGGUAUAUGGUGAUGAAAUGCCCCACCGAUGCUGGAGAACCCACAAAAGCACCAACAACUACUUGGGAGCCAACCAAGAGUACCAGGACCACCAUCAGGAAGACUACCAUAACAACCAUUGGGGAGCCGACCAGGACCACCAGCAGGAAGACCACCAGCAGGAGGCCUACCAGGACCACCAGCAGGAGGACUACCACAACAACCAUUGGGGAGCCAACCAGGACCACCAGCAGGAGGACUACCACAACAACCAUUGGGGAGCCAACCAGGACCACCAGCAGGAAGACCACCAGCAGGAGGCCUACCAGGACCACCAGCAGGAGGACUACCAUAACAACCAUUGGGGAGCCAACCAGGACCACCAGCAGGAAGACCACCAGCAGGAGGCCUACCAGGACCACCAGCAGGAGGACUACCACCACAACCAUUGGGGAGCCAACCAGGACCACCAGCAGGAAGACCACCAGCAGGAGGCCUACCAGGACCACCAGCAGGAGGACUACCACAACAACCAUUGGGGAGCCAACCAGGACCACCAGCAGGAAGACCACCAGCAGGAGGCCUACCAGGACCACCAGCAGGAGGACUACCACAACAACCAUUGGGGAGCCAACUAGGACCACCAGCAGGAGGCCUACCAGGACCACCAGCAGGAGGACUACCACAACAACCAUUGGGGAGCCAACUAGGACCACCAGCAGGAGGCCUACCAGGACCACCAGCAGGAGGACUACAACAACCAUUGGGGAGCCUACCAGGACCACCAGCAGGAGGACAACCACUGGGGAGCCAACCAAGACCACCAGCAAGAGGACUACAACAACCAUUGGGGAGCCUACCAGGACCACCAGCAGGAGGACAACCACUGGGGAGCCAACCAAGACCACCAGCAAGAGGACUACGACAACCAUUGGGGAGACUACCAGGACCACCAGCAGGAGGACUACCACGGGGAGGACUACAACAACCAUUGGGGAGCCAACUAGGACCACCAGCAGGAAGACCACCACAACCACCAUUGGGGAGCCGACCAGGACCACCAUUGGGAAGACAACCAAGGCCCCUACAACUGUGGUCUGCACAGCUUCCAGUAUGGUGGUGGAGCUGCCCAAUGAACCUCUAAGACUGGUCAAGGUUCUAGAUAAAUCCAACCAGUGGGUAGCUGUCAUUGAUGCUCCCAAGUACUGCAACUACACCUUGUUGCAGGGAAGGGGAGGGAACUUCUUCAUAACCCCCUACACGGCCUGUGAUGUCAGGAUAUUGAAUAACAACUAUGUUUUGAAGAUAUGGUAUCUGACAACUGGUGGCAUAAAAGGGUAUGUGGUGAUGAAAUGCCCAACCAGUGCUGGAGAACCCACAAAAGCCCCAACAACUACUCCCACUACAUGGGCGCGAACCAAACCGACCAGGACCACUGGAAUUGCUACGAAGACAACUGUGACAACCACUGGUGGGGAGCCAACUGUAGUCUGCACAGCCUCUAGUAUGGUAGUGGAGCUGUCCAAGGAACCUCUGGUACUAGUAGAGCUUCUAGCUGAAUCCAGCAAGUGGGUAGCUGUCAUUGAUGCUCCUGAGGAUUGCAACUACACCUUGGUUCAGAGCCGAGAAAGGAACUUCUUCAAAACCCCCUACAUGGCGUGUGAUGUCAAGAUUCUGAAUGAGAACUACUUCUUGGCCUUGCGCUAUACAACAAUUGAUGGUAAAGUAGGGUAUGUGCAGAUGAAAUGUCCAACCAGUGCAGGAGAACCAACAAAAGAUCCUGCAACUACAAACACGACCAGGAAAUCAACAAGGACCCCCCCAGCACCAGAUGUGGUGUGCAACUCAUCCGGAAUGAUGGUGGAGCUGCCCAAGGACUCUUUAGACCUAGUGGAGCUUCUAGAUUAUGCCAACAAAUGGGUAGUUGUCAACAAGGCUCCCAUGUACUGCAACUACACCUUGCUGCAGGGAAGUGGAAGGACCCUUUUCAUAACCCCCUACAAAGCCUGUGAUGUCAGGAUACUGAAUGAGAACUACAUCUUGACCCUCCGCUAUACAACUUCUGGGCAACAAGUUUAUGUUCACAUGAAAUGCCCCACCAGUGCUGCAGCACCCACAAAAACACCUUCCUCUACAACCACUACUGGAAAACCACCAAUACCCACUGUCUGCAAAGCCUCAGUCAUGACAAUAGAGCUGCCUGAAGGACCAAUUGAACAAGUAGCCCUGAUAGAUAAAUCCAACACUCUGGUAACUGUCAAAGAUGAUACCAGAAAGUGUGGCUACAGCUUGGUGCAUGGGAGAGGAAAGAACCUCUUCACAACCCCUUACACAGCCUGUGAUGUGAAGAUGCUGAAUGGGAAUUAUGUCCUGACUCUAGCAUAUGUAACCCUUACUGGGGAAAGGGUACUGGUGCAGAUGAAAUGUCCAGUCAGUGCAGCUUUACCAACAGGGUUGCCGCUCCCUCCCUUUGGGGUUUCUGUCCUCUGCAGUGAUACUUGCAUGACAGUGGAACUUCCUGGGGGACUGCUACAAGAUAUCCAGUUAAUGGAUGAAUCCAACAACUUGGUAGCUGUUACCAGUGCUCCCAAGACUUGUGGCCUCAGUUUGGUGAGGGGGAACGGCAAGAACAUCUUGACCGCUCCUUACAAGGCCUGCAAUGUCAAGAUACUGAACAACUUCUACAUCCUGAGAGUCAUUUACACCACUCUUACUGGGGAGCGAGGAGAUAUACAGGCCAAGUGUCCUGUUCCUGGUCUAGUACCACGUGAGGGGUGCAAGAUACCAAGAAGUCAGCAGGUUGCUUGUGGUCCACCUAAUGCUGAUCCACAACUGUGUGUGGCCAAUGGAUGUUGUGUGGAUGCAACAACUUCCCAGUGUUACUAUCCUUUGAAUGCAUGCACUGCAGAUGGCCAUUUUGUAUUCUCCGUAGACCGCACCUCAACUAAGCCAGAAAUCGAUCCUGGCAGUCUAGUAAUUGCAGGAAACCGAUCAUGUGCCCCAGUAAUCUGCACUCCAGACUUUGCCAUCUUCAAAUUUCCUGUGACUGGCUGUGGGACACAUGUCUUUACGGUGGCGGAGACUACAAUUUAUCUUGCUGAAGUUCAUGGCUUGGUUCGGGGGAACCAGCAGAUGUAUGGACAAAUUACCAGAGAUGGCCCUUAUCGUUUCCAGGUGGAAUGUCGCUAUUCUAAAGGGCAUUUGGCCAGCACUGGUUACUUGGUGGUGAACCCACCGCCUCCAUCAGCAGCCUUGGCUUUUGGCUCACUUGGGGUUAGGUUAAGGAUUGCCACAGACACCAGCUACACUAGCUUCUACCCUCGGUCCCAUCUGCCCCUGAGCUUCUUGCUUGGAAGCAAGGUGUAUCUGGAAGUGCAGCUUGUAAACCCUCCUAACCCCAAUGUAGUUCUGCUGGUCCACUACUGCAUCGCCUAUCCCCAGUCCUCUCAAGCUGCCUGGGUGAUCCUCUAUGAAGGUUGUCCCAACAUCCUGGAUUACAGCAGUGCUGCUGGCCUCCAUGUGAAAUACAAUAACAUGCCUGUAUCCAAGCACACUCGACGCUUUGAAAUACAAAGCUUCCAGUUCCUGGACUACAAGACCAAGCAGCAUUUGGAUGAGGAAAUCUAUUUUAUGUGUUCAACUGAAGUGUGUUCCCCAGAACACCGUGUUUGUAAUGAAGGAUGCUUUGAUGGGAGAGAUAUGCCUGUUCCAGUAGAUCUUGGUGUGGGAGGGCGCUGUGCAGGAAAGCCCUGUCCUGGGAAAUCCAACGUAGUCAAGCGAGCUGCUCAUGGUCAUACUGGCCUCAUCGCUGUCGGUGAAGGAACCUUCCUUUUGGAUGAGCCUGUGCCCCAUGAACAAAUGGAGAAGCACUGGACACACUUCCAUGGUCUCCUGGGGCUGCUUGCUCUGCUGGUCUCGGUAUCUGUUGUAAUGCUCUUCCUCAAAAAAUGGGUUGUCUUGCAAAUGGCCAGGUCCUAGAGAAGCAGUCUCUAACUUGAAUAAACCUUUUAUCUUGUGUUGAAA